UUUAAGAAUGGCCGUCAGAGUGUGAAGUGUAUACAUUUUUUCGUGUUCCGUGUUUUCGCUUUAUUUGGUCAUUUAUUUAAAUGUUUUUGUGAAUUUUGAUUUUCCAUUGCGUUUUCCUUUUGCGUCGCCAGCUAAUUGCAUUAAAAUAAAACCAACAACCACGUUGUUGUUUGGUGUAAAUUAUUGUGUUGUCGUUGUCAUCGGACAGCAGCGGACAACACCACCACAGCACAGCGCAGCACACCACACCGCACGAGAGAGUACUUGUUGCAAAUUACAAGCCAUGCCAGCAGCUGCAACAACUACAACAACAGCAAUCACAGCAGCAACUAUCAGCGACAAUGGCAGACAUCAGAAUGAGAAACGUCAGUGAUUAAAACCAGUCAGCGAGGCCAGGCCCCAGCCAGGCGGCCAGUUUUUCCGUGCCAGCCACAUUGGCACCACUCCAGCAGCAGCAGCAGCAGCAGCGGCAGCAGCAGCAGCGGCAGCAGCAGCAGCGGCAGCAGCAGCACCACCCCAGACCAAGCUUCGAGCGAGUGGCCGGCACAAGACGCUGCUGAAUCAUCAGAAUAGCAACAAAAACCACCAGCGAUCGAGCCAAACCCCUAGGUUCUCUGUAGUACGAGUAGUUGCUUGCUCAAGUGCGAUCAGAGCAGACAGCUUCAGCAUCAGCUUCAGCUUCAAGAGCUUCAGCGUUCGUCGUCGUCAUCGUCAACAACAAUGCUAAUUACUGGACACAGCCGUGGCAGCAGACGCCCUGGCACUGGGACUGCGACUGGGAGUGGGCUGCUCAUCAUCUGCUGCCUCGGCCUGACGACUGUCAACGCCUGGAUGCCCGAUGUGCGACCCGAUUUGCAAACAAAACAAGAUAAAGUCUUGGCCCAUUUUAUUGGCAACUCGACGGACUAUUUCAAGAUCUUGGACCACAACGAUGAAAGCGUUUUGGUUGGUGCCAAGGACGUCAUCUAUAAUGUCAGCCUGCAUGGACUGAGGGAGAUCAGCCGUUUGGAAUGGCACAGCACGGAUGCGGACAGGGAGAUGUGCGCCCUGAAGGGCAAGCACGAAUGGGACUGCCAUAAUUACUUGCGUGUCUUUGCAAAGCGGACCGAUGGCCAGGUCCUGCUCUGUGGCACCAAUUCGUAUAAGCCGCGCUGUCGUCACUACGCCCAGGUUGAGACUGCGGCCGAGGAUGCUCCCGCCUCCGGCCACAGCAUUGGCAUGCACUAUGAGAUCACCAGAGAUGUCGAGGCCCAAGGCUUAUGCCCCUACAGUCCUGCCCACAAUAGCACCUAUGCCUUUGCCGAUGGCCAGCUGUACAGUGCCACGGUGGCGGACUUCUCCGGCGGAGAUCCCCUGAUCUACCGCGAGAACCUUCGCACCGAGCAAUACGAUCUCAAGCAACUCAAUCAGCCGGACUUUGUGGGCACCAUCGAGCGGAAGGGCUUCGUGCUGUUCUUCUUCCGCGAACUCUCGAUGGAGUUUAUGAACUUUGGCAAGGCCGUCUACUCGCGGGUGGCACGCGUCUGCAAGAACGAUCGGGGAGGACCCUACAACCAUGGCAAGAGCUGGACCUCGUUCCUGAAGGCCCGCCUCAACUGCUCGGUGCCCGGGGACUUUCCCUUCUACUUUGAUGAAAUCCAGGCUAUUAGUCCGAUUGUGGAGCGUGGAGCGGAUUCCCUGGUGUAUGCAGUCUUCACCACCUCGGUGAACGCCAUUCCCGGUUCAGCAGUGUGUGCCUUUAACGUGGACGAUAUACUGGCGGCCUUUGAUGGGGAUUUCAAGUUGCAGAAGGAUUCACAGUCCCAUUGGCUGCCGGUGGAGAGGGAGGCGGUGCCCAAGCCGCGUCCCGGCCAGUGCGUGGAUGACUCCCGCACCCUGACCAGCAUCGCGGUGAACUUUGUCAAGAAUCAUCCGCUGAUGGAAAAGGCCGUGCCGGCAGUGCACAGGCGUCCCCUGCUGACCAAAGUGAAUCUGCACCACCGUCUGACGGCCAUUGCAGUGGAUCCUCAGAUCAAGGCCCUCAACGGUGCUACCUACGACGUGAUCUACAGUGGCACGGACGAUGGCAAGGUGACCAAGUUCAUCAACAUUCUGAGCACGCACCCGAACUCUACUGUGGACCGCCUGAAGACAGUCGUCAUAUCGGAAAUGCAAGUGCUGCCAUUGGGAACGCCCAUACGGGAGCUUGUGAUCUCCUCCAAGAAGAACGCCCUGUUUGUGGUGAGCGACGGAAGCCUGGUCAGUGUCCCUCUGCAUCAUUGUACGCUCAUUGUCGACUGCGCCGGCUGUCUGAGCCUCCAGGAUCCCAUUUGUGCCUGGGAUCUGCAGACGCACGAGUGCAAGAAUCUCGCCACCAGUCAGCACAAGUUUGGCACAAAGACGUACCUGCAGAGCCUGAACACAACCAGGAAGGCGGCGGCCUCCCUCUGCCCUAAUAUGCGACGUGAUGGCGCAGGCGCUGAAACUGUCAGCUUUGUUACCAUGGCUCCGGCACCAACGGAGGAGCAGAAGCUGCUGUAUUCCAAUGUUGGCGCCUCGCCGGGCAGCCAGCUCAGCUUAGAACAGCAGCCAACUGGUGGCGACGACUUUGGGAUGAAUAAGAUUACCCUGACCUCAAUGGACCCCGAGGAGGUUAUGAUUAAUCUGAACGAUCCACAGAAAUCGAUAGCCAGCGUGGACGAAAUUAAGCAAGCGUCCAGUCCAGGCACCAUGCUUCUCUUGUUUGUCGUUUUCAUCACCUUCUUUGUGGGCGGAUGCGUGGGCAUUGUGUGUGUGAAAGCGAAGAACCGCCUGGAUGGUCAAAUGGACGACAGCCACCACAAUCAAUUUGGCAAGCCUAUACAAUUUAAAACCCAGAAUACCGGCAAGGACAUCAAUCUGCUGAUGGGCUCCAAUCCCUAUGUCACCACACAGAAAACGCCGAAUUUGGAUAUUGAAAAGGAUCGCAGUCAUGAGUGCAAAAACUCCACAGAACAUUUGGAAAAGGAGCUGCCCUGCAAGACGUCCACGCUGACGAAAGUGAAACGCACUUACAUUUAAUGUGGAAGCAGCAGCAGUAGCAGAUCCCUCUGCAAAAUUAGUCGAAUUUCUCUAUAUAUUCUAUAACAUAUUUUCGUUGUUUAUGUUGCUCUGUUAGUUGUACGAGUAGUAACCCCCCCCACCACAUCCCUCGAACGGAACAGACAGCAGCUUCGGGGAUGCGUUUGAAACGCGUCUCAAGAGUACGUCGCAGAAGCUGUUGCACCAUUUUUUAUAUGUUAGCGUCACUAAUAUAAUUUAAUUGUAUGUAUUAAUUGUUUAAGUUAAGGUUAUUUGGCAAAAUUUAGUUAAAUUUAUUGACAACAAAUUUCGCGGGCUGCCCAAGCGCGGGCCCAAGCAAUCCGCAUUCCCUUCACGCCGACUUUUUCUGUCCAAGCUGGAAUGCUUGCGCCUCGGGCUUAACGAGUAGCAGCCCCGACAUGUCGGGCCCCUUAUGUGUAUUCUAUAUGUAUAUUCUGUAAGUGCAAAUAUUAGAGCUGUAAAAAUCUACACACAUACAUAUCAUAGUACCCAAUCAGCAUGUGGCCGAGAGAGACCCCCAGAGAAUCCCAACCCCGCAGCUCGAAUAAUUUCUCGAAAUUCAAACGAAUAUUCUGCAAGUAUUUUGUUAGACUGAAUGUUUAUUUUUUUCUGUAUAAUUGUGUGUUUUUGUGGAGAGUGCGAGUGCGAUUGCGAAUGCGAACGAUAUAGACCGGACAGGUCUAUGCUUUGUGGCUAACAAAAGCGUAAAAAUUGUAUCUAACGUAAGCUCAAUAAGGAAUUGAAAAUUUAAAUGUAUUUUUUAUAGUAAGAACUAGUCUAAGCUACGAACAAAACUUCUAUGAGGCUGUUUGAUAUGAACUGAGUGCACAGAACCCCCCCCAUCAUCAUAAUUAUGUUCAUCAUGAAAAAAAACCAAUAAAAUGUAAUCUGAUGAAACAGCAAGCCUUAUAAGUAACAUACAAUCGUGUCGAUUAUAGGCCUUAAAUAUAAAGAAGAGUCUGGCCAAAGAAAAGUUUGCCAGAAUAAAUCAGCAUUUUAAUAUUUUUAGUAUGUCUACGUUUUAAGCUGUUGUCCGUCCAACUGAAGAUUUUACAUAAAACAUGUACAAUGUCAAUUAUAUUUUAUAAAGUGUAAAAUCCAAUUUUCGUAUAACUAAUAUAUAUAUUUUUAUAUGCAUGUGUACGCCUAGUGUCUAAAGAAUCUAAGCAUAAGCAUAAGCAUAAUCCAUAAACGGAAAACAUGAAAAAAGCUUCACAUAAAAUAUUUUUAAAACCUGAAAAAAAGGAACAUAAUCGUAAAGGAAAAAUUCUCAUAUUGUGA